AUGUCUAGGUCUCAAAGACAUAGGCAAAUUCACCUAGGGUGGUCUAGUGAUGUAGGUGGAUAUUCAAAGUAUAGUUAACCAAUUAGAAUACCCGUUAGUAAAGAAAAUGAUCUUCAGAGUGAUCAUUUAAGCUUUAAUUAGAAUUCAGGAAUAGUUACAAAGAAAAAUUCUAAUUAAAAUACGUUUCAAAGUCCAGAUCUCUCAAUGCAUGUUUAACUACCUCAAAUUAAACAACCAUUGCUGAAGAAUUCCCAAGUAUUACUCAGUAUCAAUCAAGUAUCUAAGUAAUCAUUAACUUAGAGAGACACAAGCAAAAAUAAUCAUGACAAAUUCAUGAUGAGAAUCAAGAAGAAAUAAGCAACAGUAGUAGCUUAAAUGAAAAAGGAAGACAACUAGGAUGAAAAAGUAAUUCCUAAUUAUCAUAAUCCAGGGGAUAGAUAAAGAAAUAAUAAAGUUAGAUAGCUUAUGUAUGAAUCUAGAUCAUGCUAGAACUUUUAUGAAGCUCAUUCUAUGGAGAGAAUUAAAAAACUAUAGGAAUAAUUGGAAUAUAAUCGAAAAAAUGAAACAGGAGAUCUGCUGAAUAAAGCUGGCGAGAUUGUUAAAGAUGGAUAAACUUAUUCUUUUAACCCAUUUAAUGUUAAUAGACUAACAGGGAUAUAUUAACAGCCUAAUGAUAAUCCUGUAAAGGAAAGAGCUGCAACAAAAUCUCCUAAUGUUAAAUAAAAUCAAAAGUAUACUCAUCAAAGAGUUUAUAAAGGCUCUAGUUUAGCUGGAGAAAUACCAAAGUGCCUAUUUACGAAAUUAGAUGCUUCAAUAGAGUUAAGUGAUGAUAAUUAGACCUCAGGUGAUUAAAAGGAGGAUAGAUUGCUAACUAAGAUAAAUAUAAUUGGAGAUAAUCUCACUCAAUCAAUAGAUCAAGGUAAAAUUUACAUGAUCAAAACAAACAUUGGCCAAAAGUCAAUGCUCAAAUAAAAAGUGAAAUCUUCCUCAACUAGAAGCCCUAAAAGAGCCCCUAGUUAAGUUAAUAUUAAAUCAGUUGAAAGAUAUCACAAUUCUCUGAGAAAUUCAACGCCACUUUAGCCCACUUAAAUACUCACCAAGGGUUAGAAGAUUGAGCUUAAAUUUGAGGCUACUAAGUAAGUACUGCCUAAAAUAUAUAAAUAAAAGAGUGAAAAUCACUGCUAGACUGAAAGAUAAAGCUAUAACAAUACAAUGAUGGGGCUAAGUAAAAAUAUGUCAACAAAUAGGAAGAACACCUUUUCAAACAAUAUGUAAUUUGAUAUAAGUCCUGAAGUAAUAGUUAAGAUAAAACAAAUCAAUAAAGCUAUUUAACCAGUUGAUGAUUAGCAGUUAGACUCAAUAGAACAUUUCUAGAAUGAAAUUAUUGCAAGUGCCAAUUAGGAAAGUGUAAGAACAACUUAGCAGAAACUUACCCGGUAAUCAGCAUAAACUACAAAUAAUUCUGAUAAAAUAAGAGACAUUAAGCAUUUAAAUAAUCAGAAAUAAGUAGAGAUUAAUAAGGAUUUGGAUUAGUUAACUCUAAGUUACUUCAACAAAAAUAAAAGUGUUACAACUGAAAAACUAACAACCAGAAUAAAUAAAGCUCUUGUUCAAAAUUCAUUUCUUAAGAAGUAAUUUGUUGGAACCAAUUUACUCGAACCUCUAUCGAGCAGGACUUUAGUAGGUGUGAAAAAGAUGGAUAGAAUCCCCUCUGAAACUUAGUUGAAGUUUAAUAAACAAGAUUUUCAAGAACAAACUGAGGAGCAUAAAAUAUUCAAGAAUCCAAGCCUGUCGACUUUAAACAAUAUCUAAAAGUAAAGUAUUAUCUAAUGA